AUGGAGGACCCUGAAAAGAAACUGAAUCAGAAAAGCGACGACAAACCCCGAAAAGUACGAUUUAAAAUCUCCUCUUCCUACAGCGGUCGAGUGUUGAAGCAGGUUUUUGAGGAUGGGCAGGAAUUAGAGUCACCCAAAGAGGAGUACCCUCACAGUUUUCUCCAGGAGGCCCUGGAACCAAUGGACGGCGUUUACGGCUCUGGGGAAGCCCCCAAGCCCGAACUGUACUCCCCCAAGCCUCAGCUGUACUCCCCCAAGCCUCAGCUGUACUCCCCCAAGCUGACUGCUCAGAGGAUCAGCGUGUUUAGAGACGGCAGUGCCUACACUCUGGCCGGCAGCCAGCCUCUGUUCAAUGACUACAAGGCGAAUGACCGUAAGCCUCCACCUAUUAUAGACUUUGGGAAGAUAAUAAUCUACACGAACAACCUGAAAAUCAUCCGAACCCCGAUGGACAAAAGGGACUUCAUGAGGAAAAUCCUCCAAAAGGAAGAGAUUGCUGAGGAAGACUGUCUGUUGAGCACAGGAGAAAAUGAUGGAGACAGGGAGCAGAAUGGCAGCCCCCUGCCAGAGACGGAGCACACAUUUCUCCAGAAUCAGCACACACAGGAUGGGUUGGUCCCUGAGGACAAUUGUCUCCACUGCCAGGGGUCUGGCAUCACCACCUGUUCUCUGUGCCAUGGCAGCAAGUUCUCGAUGCUGGCUAACAGAUUCAAGGAGUCCUAUCGAGCCCUCAGGUGUCCGGCCUGCAACGAGAAUGGCCUGCAACCUUGCCAGAUUUGCAACCCAUAGCUCGUAGCUCUGGUUUUCACAUCUGCCUUCAUUGCACGCUCUCACACGUUACUCCUAAUAAGCUACCCCUCUUCUUCCUGCCUCUCUCAGAAAGGAAGCCUGCUGCAGCUGCAAUCACUCCUAUCGCUAGCAAAUCUCAAAUUAUUUGAUGACGUUUUUGAAGCUGGUAACAUCUCUGCAUGGGUCUGAGUAACAGGGGCAUUUUUGAAUUGGAAGCUGCU